UGCCCGGCCGGCCCCGCCCGCCCGGCCUGGUGUCCGAGUGCCGGUGCGCACGGAGCCGCCUCCCGGGGCAGCAUCCCGGGAACACCGCUGGGGCUGCCCUGCAAGCGCCUGCGGAGGCGGGGCACGCUGCUUUGGGCUCGAGAAUCAGUGCAUGGUGCCGCGGCCGAGCGCUCUGGGCGGCUGAUGUCACGGUGAGAAACGGGAAGCUCCGCUGCGGGAACUUGUUCGGAUCCCUGGAUCCAGACUGGGAAUGAGAUGGAUUCGGAAGCCCUUAGGAAGUACUCGGCCCUGCACGCCAAGCCUGCCGGGCUGACCCUGCACUACGGCACCGCCGGGUUCCGCACCGGGGCCGAGCAGCUGGACCACGUCGUGUUCCGCAUGGGCCUCCUGGCCGUGCUCCGCUCCAAAGCCGUGACCGCCACCAUCGGCAUCAUGGUUACCGCGUCUCACAACCCUGAAGAAGACAAUGGUGUAAAGCUGGUUGAUCCUCUUGGAGAAAUGCUGCACCCUUCCUGGGAAGAGUAUGCCACACAACUAGCCAAUGCAGAGGAGCAAGAAUUACAGAAGGUGAUAACUGAGAUCUGCCAAAAAGCAGCAGUGAACCUGGACAAAGAUGCUUCAGUUUUUAUUGGUAGAGACACCAGGCCAAGCAGCGAGAAGCUGUCCCAGUCAGCUAUAGAUGGUAUCCAGGUUCUAGGUGGUCAGUACCAUGAUUAUGGUCUGGUGACGACACCACAGCUCCACUACAUGGUCUGCUGUCAAAACACCCAAGGGCAGUAUGGGAAAGCAACUCUGGAAGGUUAUUAUGAAAAACUCUCCAAAGCUUUUAUGGAACUGAUAAAACAGGCUCACUGCUCCGGAGAGUUUCAGAGGCACCUCAAGAUUGACUGUGCCAAUGGAGUAGGAGCCCUGAAACUAUCAGAAAUGAAGCCCUACUUUCCACAAGAGGUGCUAAUUCACAUAUAUAAUGAUGGAACCAAGGAGAAACUCAAUCACUUAUGUGGUGCAGAUUUUGUGAAAGUUCACCAGAAACCACCUGGAGGGCUGGACAUGAAGCCCAAUGAGAGAUGCUGCUCAUUUGAUGGUGAUGCAGAUAGAAUUGUUUAUUAUUAUAAGGACACAGCUGGCCAUUUUCACCUGAUCGAUGGAGAUAAAAUAGCAACAUUAAUUAGUAUCUUCCUAAAAGAACUUCUUGCCAAGGUGAAAGAGAACUUCAGGAUGGCAGUGGUACAAACAGCAUAUGCCAAUGGGAACUCGACACGCUUCCUCCAGGAAACACUGAAGGUACCCGUGCACUUUGUCAAAACAGGAGUGAAACACUUGCACCACAAGGCCCAGGAGUUUGAUGUGGGUGUUUAUUUUGAGGCAAAUGGACAUGGCACAGUACUGUUUAGUAAAGCUGCUGAAACUAAGAUACGACAGCUGGUAAAAGAGGAGAAAGAUAGUGAAAAAAGAGAAGCAGCAAAGAUGCUUGAAAACAUGAUUGACCUGAUUAAUCAGACUGUUGGCGAUGCUGUGUCGGACAUGCUGGUGAUUGAAGCGAUCCUGGCUCUGAAGGGUCUGACCGUGCAGCAGUGGGACGGCCUCUACGCCGACCUUCCCAAUCGGCUGCUCAAGGUCCAGGUUGCAGACAGGCGCGUUAUUGACACAACGGAUGCAGAAAGGAGAGCACUGACGCCCCCGGGGCUGCAGGAGAAAAUUGAUGCCCUUGUCAAGAAGUACAGACUGUCCCGGGCGUUUGUCCGUCCAUCAGGAACAGAGGACGUCGUCAGAAUCUAUGCUGAAGCAGACACACAGGAGAAUGCAGAUGCACUCGCCCAUGAAGUGAGCCUGGCUGUUUUCCACCUCGCUGGUGGAAAAGGAGCACCACCCCAGACUAUAUAAUGAAUGGCAGUUAAAGCACACAACUUCCCUUAAUAUCACUUUUUUUACCAUGUG